UUUAAAAUUAUUACGCGCAUUAGUUACGUCCUUCGCAUUCACGAAUAUUGCGCUCUAUUGUUUAUUGUCACAAAUCGCAUGUACAUAUAGGUGUUGCUAAUUAUUUUGUUUUGUUUUACCGUCCACUGUACGUCACACCAUUCGAUCAUGUCGAAACUGACUAUCAUCUUGUCAAUGGCCACGCUGUGCUCUCUGUCCGCGGCGGCCCCAGACUUCUACAACGAUAAAGAGAACGUACUGCAAGCCGAAGGGUUCGGAAAUGAGGAAAUCAAAGAGUCCAACUUGAUUACAAAAUGUUAUGACGAGGAAACUAAAUCAGCUUACAAGGUAGACUCCGUUUGGUAUCCAGUGGGAAAAUGUGAAAAACGAACUUGUUCUAGGCAAAAGAACUCAAAAACCCCAACAAUCAAAACUAUGGAAUGUGAACCGUGCACUUCAUGUAAAUUGCCUAAUCAUACAUGCCAACCAUUCCGAGCUGACAAAAAUUAUCCUAAGUGUUGUUCACAGUGUUUAACGAAGUCUACAGUACUUUUGAAAACAGAACCAAAGAAAAAAUACCAAAACAUUUAAAUAUUAUGUUAUUAUUAUUGAUUGAUGUUCUGAAACAAAAACCUUUAGGUACAUUCAAUCCUAUUAAUUAUCAUGAAUAAAAAUAAUAUAGGUACAAUAUACAAUAAACAUAUCAUAAAUUUAAUACAGUGAAGGUAUCAACAUUCAAAUACAAUUUGCUGUUAUUACUCAUUACUUAUAACAUAGUUAAAACACAGAUAAUUUUAAUUGACAAGUUAUACUUACAUAAUUAUAGUUGUUAUAUUUAAAAAAAUAUAUAUGACAGUUAAUGUCAACA